UCAGGAGGAACUCCGCUCAGUUUUGUGUCUCUGUGACUCACGGCUGCUGAGGAUGGACGCUCGGAUCUUCACCCUGCACGUCCUGACGCUCUGCUGCCUCCUUCACGGGUCUCUGCAGGGUGUAUAUCAGCGUCGUCUUUACAAGGAGCUGAUGAAGAAUUACAACCCACUGGAACGACCGGUCAGCAACGACUCCCACAGCCUGACCGUCCACUUCAGCUUCAGCCUCUUGCAGAUCAUGGAUGUGGAUGAGAAGAACCAGGUGCUAACCACUAACAUCUGGCUACAGCUGUACUGGACAGAUUUCUACCUGCAGUGGAACAUGUCUGACUAUCCAGGUGUGACCAACGUCAGGUUCCCCGACAGCCAGAUCUGGAGGCCAGACAUCCUCCUGUACAACAGCGCCGAUGAGAGGUUUGACGCCUCGUUCCACACCAACAUCCUGGUCAACUCUACCGGCUACUGUCAGUAUCUGCCUCCAGGAAUAUUUAAGAGCACCUGUUACAUCGACGUCCGCUGGUUUCCCUUUGAUGUUCAACGCUGUGACCUGAAGUUCGGCUCCUGGACGUAUGGAGGCUGGUCUCUGGAUCUGCAGAUGAUCCAGGCCGAUAUCACAGGAUACAUUGCAAACGGAGAGUGGGACCUUGUGGAGGUUCCUGGACGUAGGAACGAGCGUUUCUAUGACUGCUGUAAGGAGCCGUACCCUGAUGUGACCUUCACUGUGGUAAUGAGGAGGAGGACACUCUACUAUGGACUCAACCUCCUCAUCCCCUGUGUCCUCAUCUCCACCCUUGCACUGCUCGUCUUCCUGCUGCCCGCUGACUCCGGAGAGAAAAUCUCCCUGGGGAUCACAGUGUUGCUUUCUUUAACGGUCUUCAUGCUGCUAGUGGCUGAGAUCAUGCCGGCAACGUCGGAUUCUGUUCCUCUGAUAGCCCAGUACUUUGCCACCACCAUGGUCAUCGUGGGUCUGUCAGUCAUCGCCACCGUUCUGGUUCUGCAGUAUCAUCAUCACGACCCAGACGGAGGACACAUGCCGCAGUGGACUCGUGUGAUUUUGUUAAAUUGGUGCGCUUGGUUUCUACGCAUGCGGCGCCCUGGUGAAGCCAAGGUCCGCUUGGCGUGCCACAACACCGCCAAGCUUCGCCGUGGCAGUCUGUCCAGCCUGGAGCUCAGCGUCAGCCAAGGGUCUUUGCGACACCACCCCCAGGUCACCAACGGCAACCUCUUAUACGUGGGCUUCCGCGGCGUGGAGGGGUUGCAUUAUGGCUCGUCCACAGAACCUGAGCUCAUCUGCUCCCGACUGGUGGGAGGUGAAGAGGAUGUGCUGAGAGCAGGAGCAGGCGGACGAGGAGGAGGAGGAGGUGGAGGUGGAGGAGUAGGAGUAGGGAGCUCAGUUCUGGAGGUAGAGCUGAACCAGAUCCUGGAGGAGGUCAGGUACAUCGCCAGGCGUUUCCGUGGGCAGGAUGAGGAGGAGACGGUGUGUAGUGAGUGGAAAUUUGCGGCGGCAGUGAUUGACCGUUUGUGUCUGGUGGCGUUCUCACUCUUCACCAUCCUCUGCACCAUCGGUAUCCUCAUGUCCGCUCCAAACUUCGUGGAGGCCAUUUCCAAAGACUUCUUCAGUUGAGGAGGGAGGUGAUAAGGUCACGGCGUAGUCUGUUACUGCAAUUAGAUCUGUACUUUAAAGACCCACUGAAAUAUUAGCUCAAAGGCAUAUUCCACCAAAAAACCUCCUUAGUUCAUAUCGUUCAGGCUUAAACGCAAGUCAUGAAUUAAAAAUCACCAAUUGGUCCGAUGAGGCUUUUUACUGAGUGAAGUAUAUGACAUUUAUAUGGUAAAAACAGCAUUGAAAUAUCCCAAUGUUGAGAGCUAUGCCAAGCUAAUUUAAUAUGAGAAGACUCAUUACUUGUAAUCCCACUGACAUUUACUGCAGAUCAGAUUACUAAAAAAACCUGCCCUGAUAUAUUCCCUUACCUGGAACUGAUGUGGAUGUUUAUCACAUUCAUCCUCACAUGGUAUUCUGUUAUAAAACAAAACCUUCCAUUAAUGUAAUAAAUGCAUUCAAGGUGGAAGAAUGGAUUUGCUGAUUUGGCUACAAUAUUUUAAGACAUUCUAACAGUUUUAUACAAGUUAGAUUAUUUCUGACAUUUGGAAAAAAACAUGAAACUUGAAAAUAACAAAAAAAAAAGAUUAAAAGAAUAGUUUGACAUUUGUGAAAAUAUACUUCAAGCAGGAUAUUUGUGUCACAUUUGUCCAUUUAUUGCAGAAUGACGUGUGUUCACUCUGGAACAAGCCAUGAUGCAGAUGCUUUCUACGGUAUUAAACCUGUAUUAGAGCCUUAGUCUCACAAUGUUUAAUGAAUGAAGGAGCCCAAAUUAAAAUAAACAAUUUUCUUAACCCAUAAAGACCCAAACAUCCACUGUCGACCUAAAGCAUCUACUGAUAUAAACUGUUUAAUACCUGUUG